UUGAGUUAAAAAAUUGUUCAGAUAUUUUUCAUCUUAUUGACAUCACCCAGCAAUACCCACAUCACCCAGAAAAAUGACAACCGAGUUGAACCAGCAUACUGAUACUGCUAGUCACCGCUCUGUCGACUUGAUCACCGGGUUCUUCUAUUUACUUUACAAUUAUUCUUUCCACUUUAUAAAUUACAAUUCCUUUUAUGCCUAAAAACUGCAUUGCAACUGCUACACAAUACAGUCAACAUAUUAUUUAUUAAGAGAAAAUUUGGAUAAUUUGCAUUAAAGUUAUAGGUUUUAUUCUUAUUGUUGUCAUAGUGGAGAAAAAAAUGGUAUUUUGGUAAUAUAUAUCAUAUCCCGUUAUAUAUCCUUAGUCUUAUAUAGCCAAGAGCUUCCUCAUGAUAAGAGGAGAAACACUAAAUAAUUCUCUUGAAACCCUAACGAUCGACAAACCAAAUAGGAUGAGUAAAAGAGACUAAAUAUAUAAUUUGCAUGUCUUCUCCUUCAAGUUUAGGUUGGCUAGCUUAAUCUCGCUUUGAAAAACUAUUUUUUUCCUACUACCCCAAGAUCAUUCUACUUUUUGUAUCAUGUUUUUAAAAUUAAACUAUUCAUUAUUCGAAUCUAUUAAUUGAGGUAAGUCAAACUUAAUUCUAAAAGAAAUUUGAUUGUAUGAAGUGCAUAUGAGAUGCAGGAAUGCAUAAAAGACAAAUAUAUAUAGUAUCAGCUUCAGGAAAUUGGAAUAAGGCUUCAUCCUAUUUCAAAAUCCAUCCUUAUUGGUGGCGAAUUUCAUUGUCUGCACGUGGAAUUACAGCCCUACAUAUUGCAGUUAUAAUGGAACAAACUAGUUUUGUACAAAAGUUGGUUGAGUGUAUGGACGUGCAAGAUUUGGAAAUUUGCAUGGCAGAUAGGAAUACAGCCUUUUGUUUGGCUGCGAUUUCUGGAAAUAAGAAAAUUGCUGAAAUUCUGUUUGGUAAGAAUCCGAGGUUGCUAUGGAUUAGAGGCCAAAAAGAUAUGCUGCCAAUUCAAUUAGCAUCUUCUGCUGGCCACAUUAAAAUGACAGAAUUUUUAUUUCAAAAGACUGAAGAGGACUUACACAAUAUUCUACCCUUCCAAGACGUUGUGAAGCUAUUUUUCUCUACCAUCACCAACAGCAUUUACACCGUUACAUCAAAAUUGUUGAAUCGUGAUCCAAAAUUGCUUACCAUAAAAAACGAAAGGGAAUUGACACCUUUGCAAAUGCUUGCUCAAUUUUCCUUGUGCAAGGAAACUAUUGGUCAUCAAGACAUUGUAAGUUCGUUGUUUAAGGGAAUGCAAAAAGAGAAAAAGACUAUCAACUCUGUAGAAUUGUCAAAAGCAAUGUUCGAUGCAGCACAAUCAGGAAACGUUACGAUUUUAGAGUUUCUUUUUAACAACCAUCCAGAUUUGCUAUUUGAAGUGGAUUCCACAAAGCAAAGAAGCUUACUUCAUAUUGCUAUUCUAUAUCGACAAGAAUAUGUAUACCGACUAAUAUUAAGCAAGGGUGCUUUCAAGAAUGUUAUGAUACAGUUGAUUGAUUCCGACGGUAACAAUGUUCUUCACUUAGCUGCAGAGUUCGAUUCUAAAGAAAGAUUAGGAUUACCAUCACUCCCUGUUCUAAUGUGUAGUGAGGAGAAAUGGUUUCAGGAAGUGGAGAAAAUAGUUCCACCUGCUAUGAAAAGAAUGAAAAAUAAUGAUGGUUUGACUCCUAAAGAAGUAUAUUACCGGUCACACAAAGAUUUGCACACAGAAGCGGCAUCUAUAGUGAAAAAUUUGGCAAAUACUUUAUUAGUGGUGGCAAUUCUAAUUGUCACCCUAGGGAUCACCGGAGCUAUAACCGUUCCUAUUAAGGAUCUUGAUAGUACAAGUAGUCCUUUUUUUCCAAAGAAGACAUGGUAUACGUUCUUUUUUCUAUCAAUUGCAUUUGGAACAUGGCUUUGUGCUUCAUCUAUGUUCUGCUACGCUUCCGUUAUUCUUCCUCAAAGUUUGCAACCAAAAGAUGAGUCUGCACGCGUGCGGCAAAAAAAAAUGGUAAUUGGGAGUGUGUCACUUUUUGUCUCUAUUUUAGUCAUGUAUACUGCUGCUAUUUCUGGUGCCAUAGUGGUCUUUGACUUCUUAUCCAAUUGGAGCAUUUACCUCAUUUGUGGAUUUGGGGGUAUUACAUUUGUUUUGCAUAUUUAUCUUGACUAUACUCUAUGGUACCAAGUUGUGAAGUCCGCGCUAUCCUUUUUCCAGCUAUGUCUUAGUGAAGCUGACAGGAUUCUUAUGGCCAAACUGCAAGACCUAUGAAGUCUAUGACCCAUUGGCAAACAAAAUAAUGCUUAAAAUAAUUGGAAUAGACUUAAACAUAGUUAAGAUCCUGCUCAAAAUUUCUGGCUGUUUUAUAAGAUGGAUAGUUUGCAGGAACAUUUCUUUUUUUUAACAGUUUUA